AUGGCAGGCUAUACGUUUUCAUCGCAGGGCUAUGUCAAUAUUCCUCCGUAUUACAAUUCAACAUCUAAUGGUUAUUCAGGCUUGAAUAUUCCAUAUUUAUCACCUGACAGUUAUUCAACAAGUGGCAUUUCAUCAGUUGGCGCAUCAACUGGUGCAUCACCAUAUAGUACUCAACCGGCUUUUGAUCCAGCUUAUUAUUCAUUUCAACCAUCGUUUAUUUAUCCAGACCAUCCAUCAUCAGUCUAUCAUCCACCCUAUAAUCUUCAUUCAUCAAAUCAAUUAACAACAGCACUAAAACCUCAAGAAUAUCAAUGUGAACUAGUUCCAUUAUCAAAUCUUGAUCAUUCAAAUCCAAGUACAUCGAAUUCUCCGUCACCAUCGAAUAAAACUGAUGGCAAAAUUUGUUCGACAUCGAAAUCAAAAACGAUUCGAAAUCGAAAUAAAAUUCAGCAAUUAUCACCAGAAUUGGAUAAUAAUAUUGAACGAAUAUUUAUAUGGGAUUUAGAUGAAACAAUUAUUAUUUUACAUUCAUUAUUAACUGGAAGUUAUGCACAACAUUAUCAAAAAGAUCCUCAAAUAGCAAUGAAUUUUGGUUUACGCAUGGAAGAAUUGAUAUUUAAGUUAGCAGAUACACAUUUAUUUUUUAAUGAUCUUGAAGAAUGUGAUCAAGUAAAUAUUGAUGAUACUUCAUCAGAUGAUAACGGACAAGAUUUAAGUAAUUACAAUUUUUCAACUGAUGGGUUUAAUUCAUCGUCAUCAUCAUCCAACGUGAGCAAUACAGUUCGCGGCGGUGUCGAUUGGAUGAGAAAAUUAGCAUUUCGUUAUCGACGUAUAAAAGAUAUUUUUAAUACCUACAGAAUGGAUACACAAAGUUUACUUGGUCAACAAAAAUAUGAAGAAUUACUUCAAUUACGUUUAGAUAUUGAAUCAUUCACUGGAUCAUGGCUUACAUUGGCAUCGAAAGCUUUAAAUAUUAUUAAACAAAGAAAAAAUUGUAUCAAUGUACUUGUUACAACAUGUCCCUUAGUUCAAGGAUUAUCGAAAAUUCUUUUACAUGGUCUUGGUGAUCUGUUCGAUAUAGAAAAUGUCUAUAGUGCAACAAAAAUUGGUAGAGAAAAUUGUUUCGAACGUAUACAUACAAGAUUUGGAAGAAAACCAACAUAUGUUGUUAUUGGAGAUGGACGUGAUGAAGAAAUAGCAGCUAAACAACUCAAUUGGCCAUUUUGGCGUAUCAAUGAACAUCAAAAUUUGACAGCUCUAGUUCAUGCACUUGACUGGCAAUUUCUUUAA